CCCCAGCAGAGUGAGGCUGUGUAUCAGUUCUGUGUCAGCGUGAACCCUUCCGUCCUAAUAGAACUGGAUCCUAGAUUGGGUGACUGUGUGCUCCGUGACCCCCUCAAAGCUACGGCACUAUUUCAGUCAGUAAGUCCAAAACAUCGUUAUCUCCCAUUACUCUAUUCAAACCAUGAGAAGGGUCGCCAGCUUCCUCUGUUCUGAGGAGGACUGUCCCUGCACAACAGGUACAGUGGGGAGAACAAGUAUUUGAUACACUGCCGAUUUUGCAGGUUUUCCUACUUACAAAGCAUGUAGAGGUCUGUAAAAAAAUCCAGAAAAUCACAUUGUAUGAUUUUUAAGUAAUUAAUUUGCAUUUUAUUGCAUGACAUAAGUAUUUGAUCACCUACCAACCAGUAAGAAUUCCGGCUCUCACAGACCUGUUAGUUUUUCUUUAAGAAGCCCUCCUGUUCUCCACUCAUUACCUGUAUUAACUGUACCUAUUUGAACUCGUUACCUGUAUAAAAGACACCUGUCCACACACUCAAUCAAACAGACUCCAACCUCUCCACAAUGGCCAAGACCAGAGAGCUGUGUAAGGACGUCAGGGAUAAAAUUGUAGACCUGCACAAGGCUGGGAUGGGCUACAGGACAAUAGGCAAGCAGCUUGGUGAGAAGGCAACAACUGUUGGCGCAAUUAUUAGAAAAUGGAAGAAGUUCAAGAUGACGGUCAAUCACCCUCGGUUUGGGGCUCCAUGCAAGAUCUCACCUCGUGGGGCAUCAAUGAUCAUGAGGAAGGUGAGGGAUCAGCCCAGAACUACAUGGCAGGACCUGGUCAAUGACCUGAAGAGAGAUGGGAUCACAGUCUCAAAGAAAACCAUUAGUAACACACUACGCCGUCAUGGUUUAAAAUCCUGCAGCGCACGCAAGGUCCCCCUGCUCAAGCCAGCGCAUGUCCCGUCUGAAGUUUGCCAAUGACCAUCUGGAUGAUCCAGAGGAGGAAUGGGAGAAGGUCAUGUGGUCUGAUGAGACAAAAAUAGAGCUUUUUGGUCUAAACUCCACUCGCCUUGUUUGGAGGAAGAAGAAGGAUGAGUACAACCCCAAGAACACCAUCCCAACCAUGAAGCAUGGAGGUGGAAACAUCAUUCUUUGGGGAUGCUUUUCUGCAAAGGGGACAGGACGACUGCAUCGUAUUGAGGGGCCAUGUAUCGCGAGAUCUUGGCCAACAACCUCCUUCCCUCAGUAAGAGCAUUGAAGAUGGGUCGUGGCUGGGUCUUCCAGCAUGACAACGACCCGAAACACACAGCCAGGGCAACUAAGGAGUGGCUCCGUAAGAAGUAUCUCAAGGUCCUGGAGUGGCCUAGCCAGUCUCCAGAUCUGAACCCAAUAGAACAUCUUUGGAGGGAGCUGAAAGUCCGUAUUGCCCAGCGACAGCCCCGAAACCUGAAGGAUCUGGAGAAGUUCUGUAUGGAGGAGUGGGCCAAAAUCCCUGCUGCAGUGUGUGCAAACCUGGUCAAGACCUACAGGAAACGUAUGAUCUCUGUAAUUGCAAACAAAGGUUUCUGUACCAAAUAUUAAGUUCUGCUUUUCUGAUGUAUCAAAUACUUAUGUCAUGCAAUAAAAUGCAAAUGAAUUACUUAAAAAUCAUACAAUGUGAUUUUCUGGAUUUUUGUUUUAGUUUCCGUCUCUCGCAGUUGAAGUGUACCUAUGAUAAAAAUUACAGACCUCUACAUGCUUUGUAAGUAGGAAAACCUGCAAAAUCGGCAGUGUAUCAAAUACUUGUUCUCCCCACUGUAGGCCUACUACAAGUAACCUGUGUGCCAUGCUAUUUCUGUAUUCAUAACAUCAGUGUUGCCAUUUACAAAACCAUUUAUAAUUCUGUAGUAUGACGCUAUCCUCAGGGUUCCAUCACAUCAGAGUGCACGCCCCCGAGGCCACGUAGAUGGCCACAGUGAGGAAUUACUUCAGCUGCCUGCUCUGCUCCUCUCACCUUUAAAAAGGAUGUCAAGUUCCAUGUGCUGGGGGGUGAGAAUGAUCCCACUAAUUGGCUUUGUCCCUGAAUGCUAUCUGAUGAAGUAGCCUCACAUGCCAUGCUUACAUGUAGCUGUUGUUUAAAUACGAUACGGUUUUGAAACAGACAAGCACCUAGUAGAGCUUAUCCAUGUCAAAGCACUGGAUGUCCUGAAAGUCCAUCCUCCCAGUGCCCUCAGGUACCAGUCUGUCACUCUGUUUCUCAGAGGUAGGCUCACAAUCUGGUAAAUGUAUCGUAAUGUUUUUAUACUGCUGCUACUCGCUGUUUAUUAUCUAUGCAGUCACUUUACCCCUACCUACAUGUACAAAUUACCUCGACUAACCUGUUCCCCCGCACAUUGACUCGGUACCGGUACCCCCUGUAUAUAGCCUCAUUAUUGUUAUUUUAUAGUGUAUAAUUUAUUUUACUUUAUUUUUUUUAUUAUUUUUUUUUGUAAAUAUUUUCUUAACUCUAUUUUCUUAAAACUGCAUUGUUGGUUAAGGGCUUGUAAGUAAGCAUUUCACUGUAAGGUCUACACCUGUUGUAUUCGGCACAUGUGACAAAUAACAUUUGAUUUGAUACGAUGUUGUUAGCUGAUAUGUAAAAUACCGAUCCAGGCUUUGUACGAUCUGGCAUGCUUCAGCAAAGUCUGGGCAGAGGCUUCAUGUCCACACCCCGGCUCGGUUGGUUAAGGGCUUGUAAUUAAGCAUUUCACGGUAAGGUCUACACCUGUUGUAUUCGGCGCAUGUGACAAAUAUAAUUUGAUUUGUAUUGCAAGUCAUGAUUUUGUUUUUAAUAGAUGUGACUUCGAUAUCUCCUUAGAAUAGGUUACUUAGACAUUUAUGAAUUUUCUCUUCCUUUUCGAAAACAAACAUAAUUUUGUAGCCCAACCCCAGAGGGGGAGAGUUGAAAUAAACAGACGUUUGAGGAGUCGGCCAUGCAGUGGUGCCCCUGGGUGCGAUAUUAGGUGUUCCUGUCCCCUCCAAUAACAUUUUCCAGCCAUUACCCCCUGAGAGAGCAGUGAUUCUCAGUGCCAGUAUUAGCAUAUUCUGUUGACCUAGUCUUCUGGAGGAAUUCAACACAACGGGCUCACGUUACUAAACAUAUAUGUUAUAAGUGUAAGAAACACUCAUUAGUUGAGUCGCACGAUGCACACAGUGAGAUCUUUGUUCCAAGGGCCUCGUUCCUGUGUUGUUCUUGGCAGGGACGUGUAGGUGCCUUGCAUGUUCCUCAAAUAAUCAGGAGACCGCAGAACAGCACAACCCCUCUGAGUGUUAUGGUUUUGUUUCCCUCGUAACGUUGUAUGUAGAUUAACUGUGUAUCUCCAUGAAGAUUGGAGGUCUGUACUGGGUGCUGGGUAUACCGGCCCAUGUCAACCAGUGACUGAAGGUCACCUGGAGCAUGGAGGCCAAUAGCGUUCAACAGUGGGAGCCUGAGUGUAAGAACCUACAGUACCAGUCAAAAGUUUGGACACACCUACUCAUUUAAGGGUUUUUCUUUAUUUUUUACAUUGCAGAAUAAUAGUGAAGACAUCAAAAUUAUGAAAUAACACAUAUGGAAUCAUGUAGUAACCAAAAAAGUGUUAAACAAAUCAAAAUAUAUUUUAUAUUUGAGAUUCUUCAAAUAGCCGCCAUUUGCCUUGAUGACAGCUUUGCACACUCUUGGCAUUCUCUCAACCAGUUUCACCUGGAAUGCUUUUCCAACAGUCUUGAAGGAGUUCCCACAUAUGCUGAGCACUUAUUGGCUGCUUUUUCUUCACUCUGCGGUCCGACUCAUCCCAAACCAUCUCAAUUGGGUUGUGGAGGCCAGGUCAUCUGAUGCAGCACUCCAUCACUCUCCUUCUUGGUAAAAUAGCCCUUACACAGCCUGGAGGUGUGUUGGGUCAUUGUCCUGUUAAAAAACAAAUGAUAGUCCCACUAAGCCCAAACCAGAUGGGAUGGCGUAUCGCUGCAGAAUGCUGUGGUAGCCAUGCUGGUUAAGUGUGCCUUGAAUUCUAAAUAAAUCACAGACAGUGUCACCAGCAAAGCACUCCCACACAAUAACAACUCCUCCUCCAUGCUUUAUGGUGGGAACUACACAUGCAGAGAUCAUCUGUUCACCCACACCGCGUCUCACAAAGACACAGCGGUUGGAACCAAAAAUCUCCAAUUUGGACCCCAGACCAAAGGACAAAUUUCCACCGGUCUAAUGUCCAUUGCUCGUGUUUCUUGGCCCAAGCAGGUCUCUUCUUCUUAUUGGUGUCCUUUAGUAGUGGUUUCAUUGCAGGAAUUCGACCAUGAAGGCCUGAUUCACACAGUCCCCUCUGAACAGUUGAUGUUGAGAUGUGUCUGUUACUUGAACUCUGUGAAGCAUUUAUUUGGCCUGCAAUUUCUGAGGCUGGUAACUCUAAUGAACUUAUCCUCUGCAGCAGAGAUAACUCUGGGUCUUCCAUUUAUGUGGCGGUCCUCAUGAGAGCCAGUUUCAUCAUAGCGCUUGAUGGUUUUUGCGACAGCACUUGAAGAAACUUUCAGUUCUUGAAAUGUUCCGUAUUGACUGACCUUCAUGUCUUAAAGUAAUGAUGGACUGUCGUUUCUCUUUGCUUAUUUGAGCUGUUCUUGCCAUAAUAUGGACUUGGUCUUUUACCAAAUAGGGCUAUCUUCUGUAUAACCCCUACCUUGUCACAACACAACUGAUUGGCUCAAACACAUUAAGAAGGAAAGAAAUUCCACAAAUUAACUUUUAAGAAGGCACACCUUUUAAUUGAAAUGCAUUCCAGGUGACUACCUCAUGAAGCUGGUUGAGAGAAUGCCAAGAGUGUGCAAAGCUGUCAUCAAUGCAAAGUGUGGCUAUUUGAAGAAUCUCAAAUAUAAAAUAUAUUUUAAUUUGUUUAACACUUUUUUUGGUUACUACAUGAUUCCAUAUGUGUUAUUUCAUAGUUUUGAUGUCUUCACUACUUUUCUACAAUGUAAAAAAUAGUAAAAAUAAAGAAAAUCCCUUGAAUGAGUAGGUGUGUCUAAACUUUUGACUGGUAGUGUAUAUGCAUGCUUACAGUGGUACAGAUCAGUUUACAUUAAAUCCUAUCCUAAGCUAUAGGCCUUGUUAUCAGCUUCUCUGAGAAAGCCGUUCAUAGGGAACAUUCAUGUGCUUGUAUGUGUGUCUGUGUGUUAGCUCUCUGUCACAUGCCUAUACUAUACCAGAGGAGGCUGGUGGGAGGAGCUAUAGGAGGACGGGCUCAUUGUAAUGGCUGGAAUGGAAUAAAUGGAACUGAGUCAAAUGUGUGGUUUCCAUGUUUGAUACCUUUACAUUUAUUCCAUUCCAAUGAGCCAGUCCUCCUAUAGCUCCUCCCACCAGCCUCUGCUGUACUAUACAAUAUUUGCAUUGACAACACGUCACACCUCAGUUGUAAGAUACACUCCACCGUUCACCCUGGCACCAUCAGCUCUAACUUCCAGGCCCUGUUGACGGCCACAGCCAGUUCUUCCUGGAGGUUCUCUGCCAUCGUGGCUAACUCGUCGGGCUCUGCUGUGGUUCCCCCGGGCCUGUACAGCAGUCUGAAGCUGUGCCUGCUUCUCGGCCUGGUCCAGGGCCGGGGGGACAACCCAGACUCACUGCACCGCCUGGACCUGCUAGCCCUGACUUCUGACACAUUCAAACUGGACAGGUACUACAUCUCAUCAUUCAUUCAGUCAGUCAAU